GUCCCACGCGGAAGAUGCCUCCCAGUGCCAGUGCCAUGGACUUCUUCCAGCUGUUUGUCCCCGACAAUGUGCUCAAGAGCAUGGUGGUACAGACCAACAUGUAUGCCAAGAAGUUCCAGGAGAGAUUUGGCAGCGACGGUGCCUGGGUGGAGGUGACGCUGGCCGAGAUGAAGGCCUUCCUGGGCUACGUGAUCUCCACCAGUGUCUCCCACUGUGAGUCUGUCCUCAGCAUCUGGAGCAGUGGCUUCUACAGUAACCGCAGCCUGGCUCUGGCCAUGAGCCAGGCCCGCUUUGAGAAGAUCCUCAAGUACUUCCACGUUGUGGCCUUCCGCUCCAGCCAGGCCACGCACGGGCUCUACAAGGUGCAGCCCUUUCUCGAUUCCCUGCAGGGCAGCUUUGAGGCCGCCUUCAGGCCGUCCCAAACCCAGGUGCUACACGAACCCCUGAUUGACGAGGACCCCGUGUUUGUCGCCACGUGCACAGAGCGUGAGCUGCGAAAGAGGAAGAAGCGGAAGUUCAGCCUCUGGGUCCGGCAGUGCUCGUCCACCGGCUUCAUUGUCCAGAUUUACGUCCACCUGAAGGAAGGCGGAGGUCCAGAUAGCCUGGACGCCCUGAAGAACAAGCCUCAGCUACACGGCAUGGUGGCCAGGAGCCUGUGCCGCAGCGCGGCCGGCAAGAACUACAUCAUCUUCACGGGGCCCAGCAUCACCAGCCUCACCCUGUUUGAAGAGUUCGAGAAGCAAGAGAUCUACUGCUGUGGCCUGCUCAGCUCCCGGAAGAGUGACUGCACGGGACUCCCGCCAUCCAUGCUGACUAACCCAGCCACACCGCCAGCCCGCGGCCAGCACCAGAUCAAGAUGAAGGGGAACAUGUCCCUGAUCUGCUGGUACAACAAGGGGCACUUUCGAUUCUUGACCAAUGCCUACUCCCCAGUGCAGCAAGGGGUCAUCAUCAAGAGGAGGAGUGGGGAGGUGCCCUGCCCCCUGGCCGUGGAGGCCUUCGCUGCUCACCUCAGCUACAUCUGCAGAUACGACGACAAGUACAGCCGGUACUUCAUCUCCCACAAGCCCAGCAAGACCUGGCAGCAGGUGUUCUGGUUUGCCAUCAGCAUCGCCGUCAACAACGCCUACAUCCUGUACAAGAUGUCCGACGCCUACCACGUGAAGAGGUACAGCCGGGCGCAGUUUGGAGAGAGACUGGUGAGGGAGCUGCUGGGCCUGGAGGACAUGUCGCCCGCCCACUGAGGCCAGCCCCAGGCAUGGCAGGAGGAGGGGAGCCUGCCCUUCAGGGACCCUGGUGAGGUUAGCAUCCAGAGAGGCGCGAGUCCCCCCAGGGUGGCGCCACAAUCUUGGCUGUCCUGUCCUCCUGAUGCCCUGGAGCCUGUGAGGCUGUGUGCACAGUGCCUAUUGCUCGUGGGCUGAUCAGGAGCCUGACAGGCAGAGAGGACAGUGGCAACAGCAAGCACGGGCAUCGGCCUGGUCAGUACGGGAGCCUGGUCGAGGCCUGAGCAGGUGGGCAUCCCAGCGUCUGCCUUCUGUGAGCAGCGUGAUGCCACCAGACGCAGAGCAGGGUGGUGUUGCUGCCCAGGCCCCGUGGGGCUGGGCCACGGUGCCCCCAGAGGCUGCAGCCGAGCGUGAUGCUGUUUUUAUUUAAAUCUCUCUUCAGGUUAUUUUCUUACUGUUGCUUAAGGUCUACUGUAAAGGGGUGCCCUUCGUUCCCAUGCACCCCCUUGCAUGAUCAGUUCUGUGUCUGUGCCCGUGACAGGCGGGAAGGCCGCUGGCUCCCAGGACACUGGCUGCAGGCCAACAAGGGUCAGGCAGCCUGUGGCUGCAGAGUCUGUCACCGUCACUGACAGAAUUACUUAUUCUGUAAAGAAGCGUAAUGCCAGUGAGGCAAAUGCCCUGCUGUGGAUCCUUGCUUGCCACGCGGAUCCUUGCUGGCUGCCCUUCCUCCUGGUCAUGAUGUUCGCUGCUCUGGUGAUCCCUGACUGGGACCAUGGGGACAAGCUGGGUGGGGCGUGAUUUGACACAGGGCUGCCUUCCUGGCCAUGCUCAAGAUCUGGGGCUUCUCCAGGGUGGCCUCACCCGGGGACAGGUGGCCCUCUAUCCAGCAGAGCUUUUCAGGCUGGGGACACUCCGCCUCCUUCACCCAGGUGAGCAGGCGUGCCCCAGCAUGCUCUAAGCCCACGUCACCUCUGCACCCUAGUUGCGGUGGCCACCUCACCUGUGGUUUGAAUUCGAUGCCACGGACCGUAGGCCAAAUCCUAGACCAUCUCCGACACCUCUGCCUGCCCUUGGGGUGGACUGGAAGCACUUUUACCACGUGGAGAAAUAUAUUUUUAAUCUGUGUUGCUUUUCUACGGGGCCCACUGUUUCGAGUUGACGUGUUUCCGACACUUAGGGAGACGGAUGAAAGCGAUGAAUUUCCUUUUCUGUCCAAACAAGUAAAAAAAAAAAAUAAAGUCUAUUUAGAUGUU